CCCACCACUGGGCAGAUGAACCUCAGUGGCCAAUGUGCCUUUGAUCUCCAGCUCACGGUCUCCCCUCCCCUGUCUCCUCUAGAUGGGAUCUAUUAUGGAGACAAUCGGUUUGACGCGGAGAGCGAGUCAGGAACAGCCACGCUGAAAGCUCGGCCCAGAGUUCGGCCCCUGCUGACCUUCCUUCCGCUGAAUGCCCAGGAGAACCAUGGCCUGGCUGUACCCACCCCCUCUGUCCCAGAAGACUUUGCAGACAAGGAAGUGACAGGUACCAGCUCACUAGCCAAUGGCAACCUCCGACUGUACAGCUCUGUGGGCGACCUCAGGCCUGGGCACUAUGGCCAGGACCCAUUCAUCCCUCCACCUCCCCCAGGCCCCGCCCCAGGGCCACCUCCAGGACCUCCCCCAGACACUUCGCCACCUCCAGGGGAGUCCCCGCCACCACCUCCACCUUCCAUGGCUUCCUUGCCACCUGCCCUGCUGCUGGAACCCCCACCGCCACCCAACAUGGCCCCUCCUCCACCCCCAGUAUCAGGGACCCUGUCCCCCCCAACCACACCCUCCCCUCCCCAUUUCAUUCCCCCUCACCCCCAGCUCCGGUGUCUCCUCACUCUACGAGGACUCACCUCUUUCCCCCUGCGGGUGUCACCAAAUGGAAAUCAGAGGUAA